AUGGCCCUGCUUCCACUGCUCGGAAAGACCCUGCUUUGCUUUGUGGUCUUGAACACCGCGGCGUCGAAACGGAACAACGAGGAAGGCGAUGGCAACCAGUUCUUUGGCCUGGCGAUUGGUUUCGUCAUCAUUGCCGGCGGCUAUGCUGGAGGAGACGUAUCAGGUGCUUGCUUCAAUCCCGCCGUGGCCUUCGGCUUGGACUUCUCCAGCAUCAAUUCCGGAAUGAGCUGGAGUUUCGCGUGGACGGGAUUUGAGAUUUUCGGCGCUGGCCUUGCCGCGCUGGCCUUCCGCUGCUUGCGGCCCGAGGACUUCUCCACUGUCGAGCUGGCUACUUAUGAGCCAAGUCUCCCUGUCAAGCUGGCUAGUGAGUUCCUGGGCACCUUCAUGCUGGUCCUGACUGUGGGGCUCAACGUGGUUUUGGGCUCGGCCUCAACCGCGUGGUCUGCUGCAGCAGCCCUGAUGUGCAUGAUCUAUGCCCUGGGCGACGUGUCCGGUGCCCAUUUCAACCCGGCAGUGUCUCUGGCCGUGAAGCUGCGCGGCAAGUGCAGCUGGACCGAGUUUGGCUCCUACAUCCCCGUGCAGCUUCUCGCAGGGGCCAGCGCUGGGGCUAUCGUGAGCCUCUUCCACAAGAUCGGAGCCGGGAAAGACACGGCACAUUUCUUGCAGCCUGGGAAAGGGCACAGCAUGCUCGAGGCCAGCAUCGUUGAGAUGGUCUUUACUUUCGUCCUGUGCUACGUGGUCCUGGCCACCGCCACCACUGCAAAGCCCGAAUCGCAGCUCACGAAACAGAACUUCUACUUCGGGCUGGCGAUCGCCUCCUGCGUGACCGCGGGCGGCUUUGCCGGCGGGGCAGUGUCUGGCGGAGAGUUGAACCCGGCGGUGUCAACAGGAUUGUCUGUGGCCAGCUCAAUAUACUCGCCGGAGGGCGCGACCAUUCACGGCUCCACCAUUGUAAACUUGUUGCAGCUUGCCACCUUCGAGUUCCUUGGUGGGCUCCUGGCCGUCAUGAUGUUCUAUGUGACCCACCCGACUGAGCUAGAGAAGGAAGCCGCUUGGUAUUCCUGCUACGCCGCCGAAUUUCUCGGCACCUUCGUCUUGGUGUUCACAGUGGUGUGCAAUGUCUUGGCGGGUGACGCCAACUGGUCGCCGACAUCUAUCGCCUGCUCCCUGAUGGUCAUGAUCUACGCAACUGGUGGGGUUUCUGGAGGACACUUGAACCCGGCGGUGACUUUCGCCAUUGCUUUGGCAACAGGCGACUGGUCAUUGAAGACUGCCGGGUACUGGGCAUCGCAGCUUGCCGGCGGUAUCGCUGCUGGCUUUGCAGCCUGCAGUCUCUACACGGAUGUGGCAAACGUGGAGGUGAAGGAGCCCUACCACACAUCGCACGCACUGAUGGCGGAGCUCAUCUACACCGCCAUGCUGGCCUUCACUGUUCUGAGCGUCGCCGUCUCCAAGCGUAACAACCCCGCGAGCGACGGCAACAAUUUCUACGCGCUGGCCAUUGGGUGGGUCAUCAUCGCGGGCGGCUAUGCUGUGGGAGGAGUGUCUGGAGCUGCUUUCAACCCCGCAGUAGCCAUCGGCCUCGAUGUGUCAAGCUACAGCAAGGGCGUCGGCAUGGGCUUCCUUUGGGGUUUGUUCGAGCUCUUGGGGGCGGUGGUCGCAGUCGCGCUCUUCCGUGUGAUCCGCGUUCCUCGACAGGAGGACUAUCUGGAUGCCCCUCCGAGAGACGACUAUGAGCCUCCUCUGCUUGUCAAGCUCCUGAGCGAGUUCCUCGGAGUCUUCAUGCUCGUCCUGACUGUCGGACUGAAUCUUGCCAACGACUCCCCCGCGACGGCGUGGUCGGCGGCAGCUGCCUUGAUGUGUAUGAUCUACAGCCUCGGAGAUGUUUCCGGUGCUCACUUCAACCCUGCGGUAACCAUGGCCGUCGUGGCCAGCGGGCGGAAGCUUUGCUCGACAGCAGAAGGUGUGGCCUACGCGGCGACGCAGCUCCUGGCAGGCACGGCUGCAGGCAUUGCCUACUCCGUGUACCAUGCUGCCGGGCCCAAGUACCAUGGACCAAACACCAGAUUGCGGCUUAGGGUUUGA